AGAAAUCCCAGAAAACAAGGAAGUCUGUGACAAAGAAGGAGCGUUUUAUGAAGCUAAAAACAAUCCUUUUUCUGAUCGCCACAGAGAAAAUUUACUUCAAUUACACAACUUUUUUUUUUUUUUACAAAAAGAGUUAGCCUAAAAUAAUAUACACACAUUGUAAAUUGAAAAAAAUGUGACUUUGUUUUUUAAUACAAAAAUCCUUGAACGGCUCUCCUAAGACCAACUUCUAGUUUCGGUUUUAUCGACAGAUCAGAGAAAACAUUUCCCCCUCCCAGCAAUUAGAGCUAUUUAUUAUAAGAAGUGAAAGUGCUGCGGGAGUUAGCAGCCUGCUUUCAGACGAAGGACCAGAGCUCACCGACGGUACGAUCCUUCUGCUGAUUCUGCCGUUUAUCUUCUGCUUAAACAGAAAAUCGUCAAACCUACGAAAAUAUUAACUGAGAGUCACUUUAAUUUUCAUGUGCAGAGGAUGUCGAAGUCAGACUGGACCUUUAUGGAGCUCCUGCUGGAGCAGGGGCAGGUGCACUCCACAGGUGUGGGGAAGAUGUGGCUGACGGUGCUCUUCCUGUUCCGCGUGCUGGUGCUGAGCACGGCGGCUGAGUCGGUGUGGGGCGACGAGCAGUCCGACUUCGUCUGCAACACGCUGCAGCCGGGGUGCGAGGCUGUCUGCUACGACAAGGCCUUCCCCAUCUCCCACUUCCGCUUCUUCAUCCUGCAGGUCAUCAUCGUCGCCUCGCCCGCCAUCUUCUACCUCAGCUACGCCGCCCUGCACGCCAGGGGGCAGAGGAAGAGGGAGGAGGAGAAGGAGGAGGAGAGGAGGAAGAGGGAGGAGGAGGCGAAGGGAAGGGACUCGAAGGUGGAGAAGAAGGAGAAGGAGGGAGGGCGGGAGAGAGAGGGCGCAGGGCAGGGUGGGAGGGUACCCCCGAAUGUGCCCAGGCUGAGAGGCAAGCUGUUCCGGGUGUACCUGUGCGUCACCGUCCUCAAGCUGCUGCUGGAGGCGGCCUUCAUCCUGGUGCUGUGGCACGUGUACGGCUUCACGGUGCCCGCCCACUACGUGUGCCAGCGCUGGCCGUGUCCGCACACAGUCGACUGCUUCGUGUCGCGGCCCAAGGAGAAGACCGUGUUCACCGUGUACAUGCAGGCCAUGGCGGGCGUGUCGCUGCUCUUCAACCUGCUGGAGGUGUGCGUGCUCCUCCGUCGAUGCUGCUGCCCCGCCCCGGGCAGCUGGGCCCACCCCCGCGCCCCUGCGCCCCACCCCAAAGAGAGGGCUCACCUCCACCUGCCCACGGGCAAGGGCGGGGCCACUCCGGGAUGGGAGGCUCGGAUUCGCUGGGGUGCCCAGCAUGCUUUUGGGGCGGAGCCAGCCUUACUUGCCCCUCCCCCUUCUCUGACCCGUCUCCCUCAGGAGGCCCCCAGGGGCAGCUGGUCCACACAGUGGCGUUAUCCCCAGGUCUACCAGCAGGGCGGCGCCUCAAUAUGAGGGACAGACUGGAGGUGCUUUUCUCUGAGAGUCCAGCAGGGAUGAGCCACUCCACACGCUACACUGCUGCCCUUUGAGGAAGAGGAAGGUGAAGAGGAGAGGGAUGAAAGCUGGUCUCAGGCAACAGGGAGCUCCUGAUCCUGUUGCUGCUCCAGAUAGGAAGAGUGUGAACGGAAUUUGGCUGAGAACAUUCCCAGAAUUCACCUCCAGCACCCCCUUCCACUUCCUGCUUUGCUCGGACAGUUCCAGAAAGUCUGUGCGCAUCUGUUUCCUGAUGAUAAGCAAUGCAAAGGCAGGAGCCUUAUCCCCCAAUAAGAUCUGCCUGUGAUCUGUGACAGGAAAUGGCCUCUAAUUCACAGGGUGGCUCCCGCUGUAUAAAUGUUAUUAUAUAACCUGAAAGUCAGGAAGGGAUAAUCUCUGAGUGACCUAAGGACAGUGUCUGCAGGUUUAACUCCAGUCCUGGAGGGCAGCAGUGUCUGCGGGUUUAACUCCAGUCCUGGAGGGCCGCAGUGUCUGCAGGUUUAACUCCAGUCCUGGAGGGCUGCAGUGA